AUGUUGAGUCGGUAUGAAUAUGAAACUCGUGAAGUGGAAGAUUCUCCUCAGGAUGGGCCAUGCUGGAUUGGAAUCGAUGGCUCACGAGAAGGAUGGUGCGCUUGCAUUAUUGGAGCAAAUGGUGAUGCAGAACUUGUAUUUCUUCCACACAUAGAACUAAUUUGGUAUCACAGAAAACCAGAAAAUAUUCGUGCGAUUGCAAUAGAUAUGCCUUUAGCAUUGGCAUCAAAAGCAGAAAGAGGUGGUAGGAAUUGUGAAAGAGAAGGUCGUAAAAUUUUAGCAGCUGCCAGAAAGAAAGCCAUCGCAUAUUCAAAAGAACAAGAUGAUCCAGCUUACAGGGAAGGACCAUUUGUAGGAGCAACAUCGAUCUUCACUCCUCCCUCUAGGCCUGCAUUAGAAAAAUUUGCGCUUGGAGGAACACAUGCAGAAGUAUCAGAGGCGAACAGACAAAGUGCAAAUGAUACAUUCAACACUGUCUCAUCCAACACCGAUCAAAACAGGGGAAAGAAACGUCAAAAAGUUGCACACAAACAGGAACCCGGACUUGGGCUGUCCAUACAAUCAUUCAAUAUAAUGCCAAAAAUACUUGAAGUGGAUGAUUUUAUCGAACGUGGGAUACAGAAAAAUCUCUUGCAAUUCAUUCCUCCUACAAAGGGUGAAAAAUCAAAUGGUAAGACUUUUCUAUUCGAAUGUCAUCCGGAAUUAGCAUUCCUUUCGUAUCUAGCAAAACACAAAGAAGAAGAAUUGGAAAAUCAGCGAGGUUUCAAAUCAAAAAAGCUUAAAGUUGGCAGAAUAGAAAGGAUAGACGUUUUGAAGAAUUCGGCACCUUUCAAGAAUCACGAAAGCAAGAAAAGAGCGUUCAGGGGACUUUUAUGUGCGGUAAACGUUGACGAUGUACUAUAUUCCCUUUCCCACAAAGUAACUCAUCAUGUUUUUGUUAGAAAAAAAGUUACCAAUGCCACUCCAACAGACGAUGUGAUUGAUUCCAUGAUCUGUGCGACAACUGCCAAGCGAUUCGAUACCGGUAAGGUGAUCGAGAUCGGUGGAUCGUCAACAGGAGGCCAGAGAGAGCUGGACUUCAGAGGAGUGCCUAUGUCGAUAUUUGUAUAG